CAACAGAAACAGACUGAAUGAGCUGAUCAUCUGAUGGACAUAUGAAGCUCAAAGAGCUAGAAAGCUGCCUUCAACAGGUGGAUGGAUUCGAGGAGCCCAAAAUACUCCUGGAGCAGUACCCCACGAGUCCGCAUAUAGCGGGCUGUAUGUUGUACACCAUCCACAACACAUUUGAUGACAUUCAAAAUAAACUAGUUGCAGACCUGGGCUGUGGAUGUGGGGUUCUGUCUGUAGGAGCUGCAGUGCUUGAUGCUGGACUGUGUGUCGGAUUUGACAUUGAUGAAGACGCCUUGGACAUAUUCAAAAGAAAUGUUGAUGAUUUUGAACUGUCAAACAUUGACAUGGUCCAGUGUGAUGUUUGCUCUAUUGGAUCCUCUUACGCCAAGAAGUUUGACACGGUCAUCAUGAACCCACCAUUUGGCACGAAGCACAACCAGGGCAUUGACAUGCAGUUCCUGCGGACAGCGAUUUCUAUGGCAAGUACAGCAGUGUAUUCCCUUCACAAGACCUCAACACGAGAUCACAUUCAGAAGAAAGCAGAUGAUUGGAAAGUGAAAAUGGAAGUCAUUGCAGAGCUCAGAUAUGACCUGCCAGCAUCUUAUAAGUUCCACAAAAAGAAGUCGGUUGAUAUUCAAGUGGACUUUAUUCGAUUAACUCUAACAUAAACGGCAAAAAGAAAUUUGUGUUGCUUUGCAAAAUUUUUGUAUGUAUAUAUAUGUGUAUAUAUAUAUAUAUAUAUAUAUAUGUGUGUGUGUGUGUGUGUG